AAUAAGAUUGCUAAUGCUUUGAUGCAACUGAUAACAUUCGGUAUAUAUAAAGUAAUUAAGUAUUUUCCGAACUAAUGAUGUGCGUAAAAUACGUUUGUUUGUUUUUCGUGCUAUCAACAUUUGUUGCGGCCAAUGAGAAAAAAGUAGUAUGCUACUACGGAACAUGGGCAACCUACAGAAAUGGACUUGGCAAAUUCGAUGUGGAAAACAUAAAUUCAAAGCUUUGCACACAUUUGGUGUAUGCCUUCGCUGGGAUUGAUCAUCAAGGAAAUAUUAUAUCGCUCGAUCCUUACCUAGAUUUGCCUGAUGAUUGGGGAAGAGACAACUUCAGAAAAUUCAACGCAUUAAAACAAAAUAACCCUAAUUUGAAAACUAUUUUGGCUGUUGGGGGUUGGAAUGAAGGUUCAGCUAAGUAUUCGAUUAUGGCUGCAAACGCAAAUCUUCGAAAAAAUUUCAUUACAAGCACUACCAAUAUGUUACUUACUUAUGGUUUCGAUGGCUUGAGCUUGGACUGGGAGUAUCCAAACAGGCGUGAUUCUGUUUACGGAGUUGAUGACAUUGACAACUAUACGAAGCUACUAAAGGAGUUGAAAUCGGAGUUUGUGAAACAUGGCUUAAUUUUGACUGCAGCUGUUUCGCCUACAGCUGCAACUGCAGCUUUGUCUUAUAAUAUACCGGAAAUAUCACAAUAUUUAGACCAAAUUGAAAUAAUGACGUAUGAUAUGUAUGGUCCUUGGGAUGAUGUCACUGGUCAUAACUCCCCAUUGCACAAGGGCGAAGGCUUCAAAAACAUAUCCAAAGAUAUGCUUAAUACCUUGGAUGUAUCUUUACAAUAUUGGCUCUCACAAGGAUGUCCUCCAGAGAAGUUAUUAAUCGGUGUUCCAUUCUAUGGAAACACAUUCAUCUUGGCCAAUAGCAAUAUGAGUGGUGUUGGAGUUCCGUCGAAUGGGAUCGGAAUAGCUGGACCUUAUACUGCCACUAGAGGUCAUAUUGGAUACAAUGAAUUUUGCAAUCUAGUCAAAACCGAAGCAUGGAGCAAGCGAUAUGAUGCCCUAUCGCGAGUACCCUACGGUGUGCAAGGGAGAAACUGGGUGUCAUACGAUGAUGCUGGAUCAAUUAGCGACAAAAUAAACUAUGCAGUUAAAUUCAAUGUAUCGGGUGUUAUGAUUUGGAGUAUUGAAACAGAUGAUUUCCAUGGUAUCUGUCAUUCAGAGAGUUUCCCCCUACUAAGAGCUGUAAAUAACGUGCUAGAUAAAGCUCUUUCCACGAGUAAAACUACUACCAGUACCUCUACAAGUACUUCUACAAGUUCAUCUAUAAGUACGUCAACCAGACCAACUUCAACUACAAUCAUAAUACCAUCGACAGCAGUACCAUCCAUACCUGAAUCAACACAGACUUUUGAAUGUAAAAAGGAGGGAGUGUUCCAAAAUCCCAAAAGUUGUAGCACUUUCUUUAUAUGUGUUAGAAUUCGUGAAGGGGAGUUCCAAUUAAACUCUAUGACUUGUCCUGUGGGACUUUAUUGGGAUCAUAUUCUGAUGACGUGUAAUUAUCCAGAAAACGUUGAUUGCGUAAUUAGUUAGAUGUUAUGAAAGAAUUAAAUGUUAAAUUAAAUAAUCUUAGGAUUAUAA